AUAUUCACCUCCAUGUCAUGCACUCGCUUAACCAGCUGUUAUUAACCGGCUCCCAGCUCUCUACACACAUUGACACACGUCAGACAUGAUGGUCUAUUUUUCACAAAUCACAAGGGCACGAGCGGCAACGGGCAACAAAUAAAUACAAAUAUUAUUUUUUCAUUCUUAUAAACAAAAAUAUACUUCAUCAUGUCUCGAUUAAAAAGUGUUGAAGCUGAAGAUAAAAAAAUUUUUUCUAAAUCAUUCAUUAUCUGCUUGAAGUUAUUGAUGGAAAAAAAGUACUAUAUCAGUGAUGACAUAAGCAGCAUGAUGAUAAAUCAACAAAGUGAACCUUCAAAUAUUUUUAAUUAUUAUGGCAAUGAAAUGUACGAUGCUAUGUUAAAAAUUUUAGAUAAAAUCAUUUUAUCUAAUGCUAAUCACAUUGUUGAUGCGAGUAAUAAGUCCGAAAUUGGGAAGAAUAGUGAACCAAAUAGUGACCACAAAUUAGUUGAUGAGUUGAAGCAAUCUCAAAACAUAAUCAGAAAACCCAUGAUGAAAUUAAAUUUAAAUGUUGCUGAUGGUAGUACCAUUUUUAAAAAACAAACCUUGGAAAAUUCAAGCUAUGAUCAAUCCGAACAUUUUAAUGUUGCACAUACACCUGAAAUAAGUUAUAGCUGUGUCAAUAAGCGUCUAAAAACAGAUGAGCUUUCUAUUGACACUGAAAAUAUUCCAGGAAAUUAUGUAGAAGCCACUGAUAAAUCCAAUAACGAAGAAUCGUGGGAAAAGAAAAUAAAUUCAAAGUCAAACAAAAAAAAAACUAAUAAGCCUCCUGCUGUGUAUCUUAAUCGCAUUAGACCUUGUUUUAAAAACUUCCAAACUGUAUCAAUCAAAAAAGAAAAAUUAGAGCCAGUUGAAUCCAUCGAAACAGAAAUCUCCACUAAAAUUAUCGAACAAAACAAUACUAUAAAUAAUACACAUGACGUAACUAUUCUAAAGAAUAGGAUGUCUAGUGUGGAUUCAAUCACCAGUUAUAAGACCCCAGUGAAAAUAGAAAAUGAUGCUACAAUCAUUGAAAACCAGCAAACUAUCUCAGCAGACAUCUCAUCAUCAUCAUCAUCAUCAUCAUCAUCAUCAAUAACAACAGCAACCUCUGUUAUUUCAAAAGAUAUAUGUGAAAAGUUAAAAAACGAUGAAUGUCAAAAAGAGUCAUCUAUUCUUAAUACAUGUGAGAAAAGUAAUCAAAAAUUGAAUGAAACAAAUACUGUUAUUAAUGGUAAGGUGUUGCGCGUACGAAUUGAUAAAAUACCAUUGCAGUCAACGACUCGUCGAACGAGAAGCUCUUAUUAUGACAAAACUAAAGCUCAUCCAAGUAUUCCUGGUUAUGAAAAAGCUAUUAAAUCUGAUAAAAUAAAUGGGCGUCGGAAAAAGUCAAAUAUAAAUAACUUCAAAGAGAAUGAUAAAAGUGAAAUGAAAAAAAUAAUUCCUGUAGAAAAAUAUAUUAAGAGUGAAAAUAUUGUCACAAGUAACUGCAUGCCUUCAUAUGAAGAAAAAGUAAAAAUAGUUGAAAUGGCACAAAAAAAUCCUACCUGGUCAUUAGAAAUGUUGCGAGAAAAUAGUGGAUUUAAAAAAGUAUUUUACCGGGCUCAUAUUAAUAAAUGGGCCGAUGAGUUAAAAUACGGAGGAUCUUGUCGCGAAAAAUUAAAAGCUAUUGAUCAUUAUGUAAUAAAAAAAUGUAUUGAGCACCAAAAAAAAAAAGUAAAAAUGUCAAACCAUCAUAUUCGUGAGUGGGGAUUCGAAGCAAUGAGUCAAAUGAACGCUGACAAUAUUAAUUUUACGGCAGGUAAAAGCUGGUUAGGAAGAUUUAAAAAAAGAUAUAAUAUCACAGGAAGUUACACGGAUUUGAAAAUUGAUAACAAAUUAUGUAAAAAUACAGAAACAUCUUUUUUAAAAAUCAUUGAGCCAAAAGUUAAUAUCGUCAAACUUGAACGUAAGAAUUCAAUUCGCAAACCUAAAACUACUAAAAAAACCCGUAAAGAGAAUUUAGAAAAUAAAAAAACUGAUCGUUUGAAAAUUGAAGUUAAGCAAGAAGAACCACAAGAAGAAGAUGAAAGCAAAGAAGACAACAAUUGGGUUUAUAAUAAAUGCAUUGAGUAUAAAAAAAAUAUAAAGGGAAUAACUAACAUAUUGUUCAAAAAAUGGCAACGAGACGAUGAAAUUGAGGUGAAACUAAAUGACAAAUCGCAAGUCAACACUAGAAGUUGGACCAGCUGGUUUAAUGGUUCAAAAUAAAAUUAACUGAUGAGCUAUUCUUGAAAUGAUGAAGUUAUUUAAAACUAGAUGUAAACACAGGUAUGUUUUAUCAAAAAUCAUGAAGCAGUUUUUAAUGUGACGAAAAAAUGAAUUAAUAAAAAAUGAAUGAAUUAAAAUGAAAGUAUAAAUAGAAUUUGAGGUGUCUCACAUUCCUGAUAAAAUUGCUCUCUAUUAUAAUAAUUUAGUAUUAACUGAUAAUUAAAUACCAAUGGAGGUAAAAUUCUGAUCAUAAAACCAAUGAGCUUUUAUAAUUAAUUUAAAUGAAAUUGGUUAUCAAUUUUGUAGCUUGUAUAUUUAUUAGAUUUUUUUACAUUAUUAUUAUUGAAAAUAAUAAAGUACGUGAUUUCAGCAAUAUAAAAAAUACAUGAUAAACGAGUAAACUCGAAAAUUAUAAAAUUAUUGCAUGACAUAUUUUGUAAUGUAUAAAAUAAAAAAAAAAAAAGUAACUUAAAUAAAGAGUAAAAAAAAAA